UGGCUUGCGGUCCUUGUCAUCAGCUUGGCUUCUCUAUGCAUGACUUGUGCUUCUUCGAUCGCUGCAUUCACAGAACAGGGUGCCACCCAAACGUUUCGCGUUUCACAUGAAGUGACCGUCCUUGGAAUAAGUUUAUUUGUCUCGGGUCUUGGAACUGGUCCACUGCUCAUUGGUCCAUUGUCCGAAGUAUAUGGCCGAAACAUUGUAUACAGAAUAUCUUACGCACUAUUCUUCAUCUUUACAUUUCCCGUGGUGUUUGCUCCUAACAUUGCUGUUUUCCUGAUCUUUCGCCUUAUCACUGGGUUCUGUGGAUCAGCCUUUUUGAGUGUAGCUGGAGGUAGUGUGAGCGAUAUGUUUCCAAAUUCGAGUAUCACAAAUCCAAUGGCUGUAUAUACCAUAUCUCCAUUUAUUGGACCAGUGGCUGGCCCCUUGAUUGCUGGAUUCAUAAAUCAGCACCUAUACUGGGAAUGGACAUAUCACGUGCAGCUGUGUUGGAUCUUUGCUGAGUUUCUGAUGUUGGCAAUAGUGCGUUGUAUUUCUGGUGAGGUGGAUUUACUUAUGAAUUAUCUUUCUGUCAUACUGCAAAAGUCGACUGCAGAUCCAAAGUUUUAUGCUCCUCUGAAUAGAUGGGAAGGCACUCUUGCUUCUGCUAUCCUUGUUAGUUGCUACAGGCCUUUUCAUAAGUCACUGGGGAUCACUUUCUCCUCCUCGCAAGUAAUGAUGAAUGCCCUUCUUGGAAUCCUACACCUGGCAUUCCAGGCAUACCUAGUGAUGUGUCGGGCCCGGCCUGAGGCCCUUGGGGCUGAGCCCUCGUAG